CAGCGGAAGUGACCGAGUGCCAUGUAAUUUCCUGACACUGUAGCCCCAAGAGGCUAUAGAGCGGUAUUUGUAAGCUCUCCGUUCUCGGGCCCUGAAUUUACCGGCAGGAGCCAUGUCUGUGGCCGGCCUUAAGAAGCAGUUCUACAAAGCCAGCCAGGUGAGCCAGAACCCUGCGGCCCUCAACGUUCCAUAACUGGAUACAUUUACUUAAACUCUUUCACAUCCUGCCCUGUUGCUCCUCCCAUCUCACAGACCUCUCCUUACCCCACAUCUGGCUUUUAAAAAGGGGGUCUGUGGGGGUUCAGCAGUUGUUUUCGAGGCGAAUUUUCGUCUGUGCAAAUCGCUUGUUGUGUGAAUAGGCUGCCUUUAGGGAAGGGUGGUUGAAAUGAGUGCUAGCCUUUGAGGCUAGUGCAUUGACAGGAUCUGAAGCUGGUGGAGGGUUGCUUGAUGGCUACUGGUUGCAGUGGUGGGGCGAUCAGAAACAAUAGGACUUUACUCUUUGGGGCUUACCUAUACUAGCAAAGCUUUGCCUAAUGUAAUUACUUUUGGAGUCGGGGUCCCUGAUAACCCAUUGACCAUUUUGAGCCAGAUUGGCUAGCAAUAGUUUGUUGCCUUGCGUUAAACGAGCUAUAACCCUAUAGAUGUAUGGACUCUGACCUAAUUCCUCUCCGCUGUGUAUUUGAGAGGGAAGUACAGAACAGAUGUGCUCUGGACAUAGCUAUGUGAUGUUUCAACCUUUGGAAGUAAUCAUUUAUUUGUGGAAUGUUUCUAGCAUUGCUGUUCCACUACACUUUGGGAUUUAUUCACUUAAUAUCACAUUUUAGUGAAUUGAAAGCUGCACUGCAAUAUUUAGGGGGGGAAAUUGCUUAUUUAGAAACAUUCUCCAAUUUCCCCAUGGUUACAGAUGCUCUACUUUAGUCCACAUUUUGCAAUUCAAAGGUUUAAAUACUAAAUUCCCAAUUGUAGCAAACUGAAUUCUUAAUGGCACAGGGCAGUCUAAAAAAUAAAUAAAUAAAUUGUUCUGAUUUCAGUUUGCCACAACAUAAUUGCCUGUGUUUUCCAUUGAGGACUAAGAUGAUAUUCUAGGGUUCAAAGAUUCCACUAGCCAUUGGUGAGUGAAAGUUUAGCCUUGGCAGGUGAACGCAUGCCUCUUGGGUAUCCCUCUUAGAAAGCAAUAAUCCCUGCUUUGAGUACAAAUCACCUAGAGUCACUCUUGUCUACAAACUCAAAUUUAAAGUGUUUUGACAGCAAUAAAGUAUGCAAUUUUUUUUUAUUUUAUUUUUUUAACUAGAGCACAUUCCUUUUAUAAGUUAUUUUGUGUAAAUAAGAUACAAGGUUCAACUUCAGGAAGUCUAGGUUCAAGAUUUCAAGCGGCUAUUUAGUCUUUCAAUUUUGGUGUCACCAAGAACCAUUGUGGCUCUCAUUUCUGGAAGCUGGCACAUUGGAAUCAGCUUUUUUUUUUUUUUUUUACCUUCUGUAGUGGUUAUGGUGUCAGAAGAGCUCUGGCUAUUCUUCCAGGGUAAGUAGCUAACGGUAGUACCUAUAGCAGGAGAAGGAAGCUUCUGCUCUAAGAGUUUCUGGUAGCUUCAGUGGCUCAUUGUUUGACAGCACCAUCUGAGCACUCUCAGCCAAUGAGCUAAGCCCUACAUUGCGGCACUUUUUCUAUGGUGGGGCGAGGACUGUACAUGACUAGGAUCAGGGGCACUAUAACAUUAGGGAUACUGGUUUGUAUUUCUAACACUAUAGUGUUCUCUUAAAGGACCACUAUAGUGCCAGGAAAACAUACUCGUUUUCCUGGCACUAUAGUGCCCUGAGGGUGCCUCCACCCUCAGGGUCCCCCUCCCGCCGGGCUGGAUGGAGAGGAAGGGUUUAAACUUACCUCUUUCUCCAGCGCCGGACAGGGAGCUCUCCUCCUCCUCCUCUUCGGCAGAAUGCGCAUGCGCGGCAAGAGCUACGCGCGCAUUCAGCAAGUCUCAUAGGAAAGCAUUUACAAUGCUUUCCUAUGGACGCUGGCGUCUUCUCACAGUGAGAAGCACGCAAGCGCCUCUAGCGGCUGUCAAGAGACAGCCACUAGAGGCUGGAUUAACCCUAACAUAAACAUAGCAGUUUCUCUGAAACUGCUAUGUUUAUAGAAAAAAAGGGUUAACCCUAGCUGGCCCUGGCACCCAGACCACUUUAUUAAGCUGAAGUGGUCUGGGUGUCUAUAGUGGUCCUUUAACCCCUUAAGGACACAUGACGUGUGACAUGUCAUGAUUCCCUUUUAUUCCAGAAGUUUGGUCCUUAAGGGGUUAAAAGACCACUAACUUCACCCAGUCCACUUCAUCUCAUCGAAGAGUUCUGGGUGCAGUGGUCCUGUCAGUUCAACCCUCCUCUGCAAUGUAAAACAUUGCUUUAAAAAAUUUUUUUUUGAAAAGAAACUGCAAUGUUUACAUUACAGGGUUAAAUCCACUUCUAGUCUUUCUGACCACCAAUAGGGGCUCUUCUGCAGUUAAAAACGAGUAAAACGUGACUCAACAACAUUGAUUCAGUGUUCCUAUGAGGAAGCUUGGAUGUGUGUGCCUCAUGUGAACGCAUCAGGUGUUUGCAAGAGAUCCUCAAUGCUCCUCUGAGACCACGUGGGAGCCAGAGCGCUGGAAAAUUGUGGGCAAAACUUUUAUUAAUUUUAUGGGACACAUACCUAUAACUAAAAUGGAACAGGUCUACUAAAGCAUUAGGAAUAUAGGUUUUUAUUCUUGACGGUUUAGUGUUCCUUUAAGGGUCUUAUCGAGCCUAGCUGUUUACCUUGAAGGGGGUAGGAAACAAAACACACUGUAAUUGGUAACACAUGUAAACACUGUCCAGUAUAGUGAUGUCACGUGUGUGCUUACUUAAUCUGUAGUUUGACUACAGUAAAUAUUUUCUCUGCAACAAAGGCAGCACCAAUCCACAUUUACACUGUUCUUAGUAAUGGGUUUAGGGAUUUAGUUUUUUCUCUCCUUGUGGGAUUAAUUUAGUAAAAAUGUCUUUUGGCGUGAGCGUUCCUCAUUUUUUCUUCUUUUAUAAAGUGUGUAAAAUGCAUUGGAUCCACCCAAUACAUUUUUACUUUCUUCGGGAAUAGUAUUAUCAGGCAACAUAUUGCACAAUGAUGGGGGUUGGAAGCAACGGCAAGUAAUUCUAAAAAAUGUUGGUUUCAUUGAUUUAUAUUCAAACAUCUGUCGUUGGCUGUUAACCCGCAAUAUUCCUAGGCUGCAGUAUAAAGUAUUUGCUGAAGCAACUUCCUGUAUUGCAGAAUAAAUAAUACGGUUUUGUUUUUACGGAGUGCUUCUCUGCUCCAUUUAGAACUGGGCAACAUGGCCUUUGCAAUGUUCUCGCAGACGCCAUCUCAGAAUUAUCGCUGCAAAUGGGAACAGAGCACCUGGUACUCAUCAAUCCUGCUCCUGUUGGGUGCCAGAUCAUAUCCUUGCUUACAUGGAUACUUAAAUAGGGACACAAAGUUAAUGAGGUGCGUUAUAUAGUUCAUAAUGAUACACCUGUAUGAAAUACUUAUAUAGAUUGCGUUAGAAUCUCAUGGAAAUCCCAAUGCAAUCAAAAGAUAGGUAUUACUUUUUCUUACGUGCAAAGCUUAAGUUGACCAAAGGUGGAGUUCUACUGCCAACUUAUGUCUGUUUCCCAUAGCUGUUGGCUUUUUCACAGCUAUUAUGUUAGAUGGCAAUCAGUGGGUCUCCCUUUGUAGCGUACCAGUGCUCAGAUUGGCAGAGGAACACUGAAGCUGCUUUGUUUUCUGAUCAAAAAUAUGUAAGACGCCCAAACGCCAGACCUAAUUAUCCAUGUAACAUUCUGUCACCAUAUAUUUAUAAACUAUGUAUUACUAUAAUGCACAAUAAUUCCUGAACGAGAACGCAAAAUAAGAAUGUAAUAUUUUGAAAUUUCUUGUCCAGCAGUCGAUUUCAGGAAUAUAUUUUGCUAAGCCAGAUAAUUUACUGUAGUCCGUAUACAUUUUAUCCUGGAUAUUUUAACCACAUAAGACUGCUGCUUUCUUUUAGUGGUUAAAUGAAAUAUAUUGUGGUAAUCUAUCGGGAAUAUUGGCUAAUCAAGAGUUUUCCAGGAAUUACGAGGGGAAUUUGAGACAAUACCCAUAGUUUUAUCGCCACUACAGUCUAUUGUAGUAAUUGUGGUUCAAGGAGGCUUUGUGUGCCGUCGCACAAGUUUUUAUUCAGUUUUCAAGCCAAAAACAAUCUCUUCUGGCACCCGAAGCCCAGCCCUACGUCUGCUGGUGAGAAAAUGUGGAUUAUUCAUUUUGGUAUUAACAUUCUAAACAAAUCUGUCAAUUUCAAUGGCGUGAUAGAUGCAAGCUCUGCUCCUGUAAAAUCACUAGUGGCAAUAAACCUGUUCAUGUGUUAAAAUGCUCGCUUUAAAUCUUACAGUAUAAUGUGGAUGGAGUGAUGAUAUGGAAUGUAGAAUUAUUAUUGGAAAAUUCUGUGUGCAUAAGUUCCUGCUGGAUCAUUAUUAGGUUUGCACUCUGUUCCCUAGGCUGUGGGUGUGAUUGGAUUUCACAUCUUCCCACAUACCAGUCAUUCCCCUCUUUAAAGAGACACUCCAUGCACCAUAAUGGCUUAUUGUCUAGGUUACGAUGCAAGAAGAUCCGCUGUCCCUAUCUCUCUGCACACAGUUGCUUAUAUGUGCAGCUGUAAGUCUGCCUUUUCUCAGACUGUAAAUACUCCUACUUGUUUGUUGUUGUUUUUUUUUUGGGGGGGUUUUGGGAACACGGAUUGCUUCUGAUAGAGAGAACUGACAUACACUCCUUAAUUAGGCUUCUACUGCAAGCUGGGCUUCUGUCAAGUGUCAUGGUGGAGCAAUGCUUGGCUGUUGUAUGGCGAUAUGGGAGAAGCAAAGUAGACUUGUCUAAGUUAUAGAAUGUUGGAACAUAUUGGUAAUGCCUUACGUUCCAUAACUGGUCAGGUAAAAUCCUCGAGUGGAAUGUACACACACGCGUUGGUUGAGGCGGACCAUGCUAAGGGAAUAAAAGGAUCCAGAAAGUGUUUUUUUAACUUUGUGGGACUUGUCAAUGGAAGGACUGAGGUUCUCAGUAAGGGCCAAUUGAUGAAUGAAGGAUGAAAAACUUUGUCCCGGGACAGUUGAAAAAGAAACAAAACAUUUUGUUCUUUGAUCAACCCAUUUCAAUCCUGUUGACUGUCCUCGUAUGAUGCAAAAAAAAAAAAAAGGAAAGACCUCCUGGCAGGAAACAUUUAUAAGUGAUUGACAUCAGGUUUCCUGUAGAAAGACAACUUCAGCAUUUUACGUGGCCUGGGAAAUUCCACCUCUGUCAGCUGGAUCUUUAAACAAUAUCCUAAAUGGUUAUUCAAUAGGGUUCUUACAGUGUUUCCCUAUCGUCUUCCUUAUUCAGAGGUUCCUAAAGCUAGUAGCUAGUAAACCGAAGAAAUAACUAUAUUGGAAUCUGUGCCAGAAGAAAAUCCUUCAAGAACCUAUUCCAGAAUGUUUCUAGUAGGAAAUUCAGGUCACUGUUUUCCUGGAACAAAAAAGGUCAUGUGUUUUGUGGCAAAAAUAAAAUUUCCAAGUGGAUUCCAUUUAAUCAGUAACCAAGGUAAUCCAAAGAAGAAUGGCUCGAAAUGAUUGAUGCUUAUCUACGUGUUCGAAAACAGCAGGACAUUUGGAAUCUUGAGAGUUCUGUCUUCCUCUCCUUGGAUCCUUGCAAAGAUUGAGGUGGUUAUUGCAUUGACUCUUCUGUGGAUCGAAGUAGUUCCCUAUUUUGAUUAUUGAUAUUCUACUGCUGUAGUGUAACACACCUAAAAUAUCCUCUAAGCAUCAAUAACUUAUUUAUUUUCAGUAGAAAUGCCAAAAUGCAGUGUUCCUACUGGCACACAUGCAAAACGCUCGUGAUAAUUUAUGCAUAACUACCUGAAUACUGUUAUCUAAUCCCUCUACUAACUAUCCAAUCGUUUCUUUGAGUUAAACCUACCAAGUCUAUUUGCAGGUGCAUAAGAAUGUAAAUGUAUCUGACUCAUUCAAUAUCAUUUUUAACUCGCGACACUCCCUUAUUAUCUUUUUGCUUUAGUGGAUUCCGGUGCUGAAUCAUGAUUGGCAUUCCAAGGCGCCAUAACUCCUAAUGUGUUUGUGAAAACCCUUUGUCCAAUUCGAAUUUUGUCUUGUAAAAUACAUGUUGUAGAAUAAUAAUAAUAAUGAAUAAACUAUUGUCAAGCCAACACAAUCACACGAAAAUAAUACCACAGGGGACGCAGAAGUCGAUAAAUGAAGAAAAGGGAUUCUAAAAGAACGAUUGCGUAAUCAAAGCAAAUAGAAAAUUAGUUAAAGCCCUAUGAGAAAUACUCUGCUUACAUUUUUGGUAUAGACAAUUGUUACAUCUGUGGUUUUAAAAACCUUUUUUUAAAAAGCAAAGAAAGUUGUGGAUAAGCUGUAAAAUAAGAGCAAAGCACAAGGAACUAUUUAAAAUAAUAUAGACUACAUGUAAGCACAGUGGUAAUGGGAGUGGCUGUUUUUUAGGUGCUGUGAGGACAUUCAGAGUAUAAUUAGUAUGUUAUGGAAUGGUAAAGUGACAAAUGAAAUGCAAAUUUGAGAUGUAAGCAAAGUUUUUUUUUUUUUUUUUUUUUUUAAUCUCUGAAAUGUUUAUUUUUUAUUUUAUAUUUUCGUUUUGGCCUUAAGUAUCCAAUUCCCUUGACAUCUCGUCAUAAUUUUUAGUUUAGUGAAUAAACAACUGUUUAAAAAGCAGUUUGGGUGAAUGUUCCUAAUGUAAUACUUUAACAUGAAAUUAUCUUAAUCUCUCUCAGCUGGUGAGUGAAAAAGUAGGAGGUGCAGAAGGGACCAAACUGGACGAUGAUUUCAAAGAAAUGGAAAAGGUACUGUUAACACAAAUUUUUUUUUUUUUUAAAUGGUGGAAGUUCUACAUUUUCCCCUCAAACUAAUAACUCAUUGUUAGGUGUUUUUACUUAUGGUUUUUUAAUGUACCCUGUUUGUAUUUACUUUGCAUAUUAGGUUUACAUUAAAAGUUUUACAUGCAAACGGCAAAUGCAAAAAUAUCAAUCAUAUUACACACAAUUAAAAAUCGAUAAGAUCUUUCCUGUUUAAAGUUUUUCCGGCACAAGAAAAUACAGGUUUUUGUGGUGUUUCAAUAUCUUGCUGAAGUGGUAACUAGAGUAUCCCUUUAAACAAGAACUUUAGAACAGGGAUUUAAAGGGUUACUCCAUCCACCAUGAUCACUUCAGUGAUUUGAAGUGGUAAUGUCAGUAUGUGCAGUGUUUCAGCUUGAAACACAGCAUAUCCGGAGAUAUUUUUAAUUGUGUGCUGGGCGCUGUCUAAUAUCAAUUCUCUGCAUAUUUCGCGUCUAACACCAGGACUCACUGCACGUUGCCGACAGACGUGAUCAUCUUCUUCCUUGCCGGUAGAGUGACUGCAAGGAGAUUACAAUCCUUUCCACCCACAUUGCGCUGCCUCUGUUACCUUCAGUGAAUCUUUCUUUUUUAUUUUAAAAAAAAAUAAAAAAUGAACCCUCUCUCCCCUUGCCGGCCCGUGUUGCGCGCAUGUGCUCUGAGACAGCAAAACAGACAAAUCACAGGGGGGGCGUGGAAGUUGCCACUGGGAGCUUUGCUGGGCUGUGGAUUACAGGUGAGUAAAACUCUCUCCAUAGUGCCCAGUAUGGCAUUUUACAUCAGAAAGACCCACCCCUCAUAAAAAGUUGGAGUAACCUUUUAAUAUUUCUAGUCUUACAUUACUAGCCAGGCCCUAAAAGUUACUUGUCACCGCAAGCCUGGAAGGUCCAUGGCAAACAGGCCAAGGCUGGGUUUGUGCUUGCCAGGGCAAUGACAAGCCUUGAUUAAUAUUAUAUGGCCAUAUUUACAAUAGCUCUUACACCCUAUUCACCCGUGCCACAUUUUCAUGGGAAAUGAUGCUGUCAGUGUUUAGCUUGGGAUUCUUAACAGACUGUUGUGUUUAUGCAGAAAGUGGAUGUCACCAGCAAAGCUGUGGCUGAUGUAUUGGCAAAGACAACAGAGUAUCUGCAGCCAAAUCCAGGUAAGUGUACAUACCAUGGCUUCUGAUGAAUACUAUACUACUUUUAAUGAGUUCUACUGUACCCACCUUCUACUAUAUUGUUUAAUUUCUUGUAUUUGCAGCUCCAGUUUUCCAAUUUUUAAAUUUCUGUAUGGUCUCUCAUUUUACGCCUUUUCUCAUUCUCAGCAUCCCGUGCCAAGUUGUCCAUGCUAAACACCGUGUCAAAGAUCCGAGGACAAGUGAAAAAUCCAGGUUAUCCCCAACCUGAGGGUCUCCUUGGAGAAACCAUGAUCAGAUAUGGCAAAGAGCUUGGGGACGAAUCAAACUUUGGUAAGUACAGGAGCAAAAGCUGUCAUUGUAUGAUAUACCAGAUAUAUCAUAACCUCGCAAGAAACCAAAAAUGGAGCAUGGCAAGAUGAAUACAGUUCUCAUGAUCUUUUCUACUAAACACCAAGGACCAACAGGCCAUGAUCUCUUUUCUGUACGUUCCCCCUAACCCCUAGCAGACGUGACGUCAAUCAGGGAGAAUGGGUGCGUUAGUGAAUCUAAGGGCAUGGAUGGAGAAUGGGUGCUCUGCUUUUGGACUGGAUGGGGACAACAGACCAUCUCCCUAACUGUCUAAUUGCAUUAUCUUAAGUAAAUAACAUCACUAGAUAGUCCAGAGACAUAGGAGACUACAAUUUAUUUAUUUUGCUGACCAGAGAAGAGCGAACCAUUCAGAGAGGCAACAGCACCUUCAUGAAUAGCUGUGAUUAUAUGGAUUUCAAGAAACCUUAGUCUCAAUUGCAGCAAGCCUUCCGGAGACUCACCUAAAUUUCUGCAAUUUCACAAUAGUUCACCUCACUCUCCUAGCUUUCUGUUAGUAAGUUCCAAUCGUUAUGUUGUAAAGUAUAUCGUAUUUGUAUGACUGGGAAGAGACUAUAGGUACCCCUUUGGAGAUGACCACAGGAAAGCCUAAAUUUGAGGAGAGUCUGUAGCAGUAGUUUAAGCAGUACAUAUUGUUUAGUUAGCAUGUUUAUAUCUCAUGCUAAAAUUAGUGUAGGACCCACCGAUAUUGUGGUAGUGAUGUAGUGGUGGGCUUAACAUGUUAUGGCCAUAUAGUGGAACUGAAUCUCCAUAUUUGUUUGCGAAGAUGGGCGAUUUUAAGUAGCUUUGUAAAAUUUAAAACCGUGUUUUUUGUGUGUGUGUGCACUGUUUCGGAAUCAGUAUUUUGUAAAUAUUUUAUUUUUAUACAGCAGCACCAGUACUGCAUGUUCUAGGUGUAGUGAAGUAAAGGAUUUCCACUAUUGAAUGUAUGGAGAUGAAACACUGACUGUAUAGAUAUAUAGAUGCACCCGUGCACUGAAACAGACAAUCUACACUGUGCUAUGCUGUCUGUGCUCACACAAUACAUCACAUGACCAUCGAACCAGCACGCAGCAUGUACAUUUUUUAUUUUUAAGUGAAAACUAUAAGGGUUUUUCACUAAAGUGUGAAUUGAUGGUAGUUCCAACUUGUAUUCCACAAUAAUAAUACAAUUAAAUAAAAAUCCACAUACCUCUUGACUUGUUGCCACAAUGGCUUAGAGAGAAUUAUUAAAAUUGUAGUCCAAGAGCUGUAGGGCAAAUGUUUAACGAAUGUAUAAAUGAAUGAGAGAGAAAAUAAAGCUUUCACUUACAUGUUGUCACUUAUCAUGUCUUAAAAGGUGAUGCUUUAUUGGAUGCUGGGGAGUCCAUGAAGAGGUUGGCAGAAGUAAAGGAUUCUCUGGAUAUAGAAGUGAAACAAAACUUUCUGGACCCCCUACAAAAUCUGUGUGAUAAAGAUCUGAAGGAGAUACAGGUAUAUAGGAACAACACUGAAAUCCAGGUUCUAAAGGGAUUUGUUACGGUGUCCUUUUUUUUUUAAUGUUGUUCCAUAAUCCACUCUGUAACUGUUUAAAGGGACAUUAUAGUCACCAGAACGACUACAGCUUAUUAUACUAGGUGAGUAUAGUCAGUCACUCCAGGCUUUUUCAAUGUAAUUUUAGUGGUGCUGCCUGCGGUUCAGCACUGACAUUCAGUGUCUCCACCUUCUGCAUGUAUCUCUAUGAGGAGAUGCUGAUUGGCUAGGGUGGUGUUUGACUCCACCUCUGCCCCACCUCCCUGACUAUCUCAGCCAAUCCAAUGCUUUUCCUAUGGGAAAGCAUUGUAUUGGCUGAGAUCAAUUCUGAUGACGUCAGCCAAGGAGGCGGAUCAGGGCGGGGAGUUUUCACCCUAUUUAAGGGAGUCAAGGGGUGGCUGGGGGGCAUUUUGGUGGUUUUAACACUAUAGGACCAGUAAUACAUGUUUGUUCCUGACCCUAUACUGAUUCUUUAACUUGUAAGCAUGAUCUCUGAACUGGAAGCACCUCACUGCAUUUUUUUUUUCUUCCUCUCAGCACCAUUUGAAGAAGAUGGAAGGCAGGCGAUUAGAUUACGAUUACAAGAAGAAACGUCAGGGAAAGAUCCCGGAUGAGGAACUGAGGCAAGCCAUGGAAAAAUUUGAAGAGUCGAAAGAGGUGGCAGAGACCAGCAUGCUUAAUCUCCUGGAUACUGACGUAAGAAGUAAAUAUGUAUACUUUAGUUACACCUGUUAAUUAGAAGUCUUGAAAAUUAAAGAGACACAGUUGUCACCAGAACAACUACAGCUCAAUGUAGUUGUUUUGAUCAGUAUAGUCAGUCUCUGCAGGCUUGUUGCAGUAAAACUGUUUUUUCAGAGAAAAUGCAGUGCUCACAUUACAGCCUGGUGAUACCUCCAGUGGCCACUCCUCAGAUGGCUGCUAGAUGUGCUUCCUGGGGCAGUGCUGCACAGUGUGAUUGUCAUUCGGUGUCUCCACCCUCUGCAUGGAGACACUGAACUUUCCUCAAAGAGAUGCAUUGAUUCAAUGUAUUUUUAUGAGAUGUUGAUUGGCUGGGGUGACGUUUGGCUCUGCCCCCUCGGCCAGCCUUCUUAGCUGAGAUCAUCAGAAUUGACAAUCUCCGUCAAUCCAAUGCUUUUCUAUGGUAAAGAACUGGAUUGGCUGAUAUCAUUACUUUUUAUGUCAGAUCAGGGGCAGAGCCAGCACUAGCAGACUGGAAUUAAGGUAAGAUUUUACUAAAUUUACCAUGGGGCCUAGAAAGUAUUUUUAACACUAUAGGAUCAGGGAUACAUGUUUGUGUUUAUGACUCCAUAUUGUUCCUUUAUUAUUCGAACAAAAUUAUAUUUCAUAAAUACAAGUUGCUUCCCACUAGCCAAUGGCAAGUGGAAAGUCAUCCCUGAGAAGAGAAAAUUCACAGAUCUAUCACUGUCUGGACUGGCAGUUUGAAUCCAUGAGAGUGUAGAAAUAUGCCAGCCCUCACCUGCCACAGGCCUAAUGCAGCACGUUCUUGAAAGGCUGCAAAGCUAUAUUAAUGUAAUAAAAGAACAUGCUGCAUACCUCCCAGAUAGAUCUAUUUGGCAGGGAGAGAUCAAUGUCGUCUUAAUAAAUUUACUUGUAAAGGGACACUAUAGCCACCAAAACAACUUUAGCUUAAUGAAGCAGUUUUGGUGUAUAGAUCAUGGACCACAAUUUGACAGUUGAAGACUGAUAAAGUCACCUGAUCUAUGUUCCUGCUAUAACAAAGUCAGAAUUUGAGCACUCUCAACCCAUGAAUGAAACUCUGGUAACAAAAUAUUUACGCAGAAUUAAAAGGACACUCACAAUAGUCACCAGACCCACUACAUCUUAAUAUAGUGGAUCUGGUGUCUGAAGCCUGUCCCUGUAGUCUUAGCACUGUAAACACUGCUUUUUCAAAGUAAAGGCAAUGUUUACAUUGGUGCUUGGUAACACCUGUAGUGGCAGCCACUUAGUGGUGCUUUCUGUGUCAAUUUUGCACAGUGUCUCCACGCUCUGCAUGGAUACUCUGAAAGCUUCUGAUAGAGAUGCAUUGAUUUAAUGUGUCUCUUUGAGGAGAUGCUGAUUGACACAGCUCAACGUUUUCCAGCGCAUGCGCAUUAGCCUCCCAAUGCUUUCCUCUGGGAAGCAUUGGAUUGGCUGAGAUUUUCAAGAUUGAUGGUCUCAGCCAUGGAGGCAGCGCCAACUGCGGCGAGUUCAGGGCGGCGAUGGAGAAAAGAUAAGUAGAGGUCCUUUUUUUUUUUUUACUCCAUUCUGAGGAUGGACGGAAUACCUAAGUAGGUAGUCCAGCACUAUAGUAAUAUAUGUAUUUCUAACACUAUUAGUGUACCAUUAACAUUGGUCAGCCCGGAACACUUAGACUAAAUAUUUGUGUGUGCAAUGUUUCAUGCUAAAGCCCUGAAUACCCCGGCUUCUUGCACCAUGACCACUACAAAACACUUAAUUUGGUCAUGGUGAACUAGCCCUUUAAUCACAUCCUGGAGUGUGCGGGGCUGUUUAUUGGUGUGGUUUGUUUGUUUUUUCUUUCGGUUCCAGGAAAACCAUCAAGGGGAGGAUGAUUAAUCUUAUGGAAAUAUUAAGACCUUGUUCUCACAGCUUUUUAGAUGAGGUGGAAAGACUGUUUCAUGGGUAAAUGCAACUGUAAAAUGUAUGACUGGAGAAAUGGCAGCUAGUCCUUGAAACAGGAGAACAAUCUGCAUGUAGGUGUUAACUUUCACGCUUUCAUCACCUCAUUGUGUACAGGAGCUAUGCUUGUUUGUCAAAGGAGCAAAACAUUACUUAUUCUCUGUUGCCAACCCAUAUUUUUUUUUUUUUUUUUUCUUUUUCAUUUCACGACUGGAGUUAUUUUAAAAUUCUGGACCAUGCAAGUCAAAAAAGAUAAACAAAGGGGGCGGAGCCAAGCAUCCGUACUGAAUGGCAGCAACUCUCAUGAGCUCACGUGGCCGAGGAUACUACCCGUUGCAUUCCACAGCCCCACGGAACCCUACCCGCCGACAACACUUACCCUUAACACCCCACGGAGGUGAGCCGGACACCAAUGCCAUUUCUGUUCCCGCAAACGGGCAGAAAAACCCGGCGGAGAUCGGGGGCCUACCUGGAAUACAGCACGGCAAGGCCUGCAUUAGACCUACUGGCACUGACGGCUGCUUUAUCCAGCCCGCUGCUGACCAACGGGUAAACCCCUCACCGGGAAUCAAGCAACAAGGGCAGAAGGUCACAGAAACCCCCACAGGGAGCUAACAGGGACUCCCUAGAUAUCAGCACCAUGCUGCAGCGCCCAACGGCCUCCAAAAUGGCGAACCCACCUGAUGGUGUCAGCAAUCUGGAAGACCCAGAGGAGUUAUCUGAAGAGAUGACAAAACCCCAAGUGCCACACCACCCAACAGCAGAGAGUAGAGAAAACCUAAACCCAGCCACUAAGCAAGAUAUUGCAGACUUGCUCCAAGAAAUGCGGCAGAUGCACGCUGCAGAUAUGGACCUGAUCAAAACAGAGGUACAAGCGGUGACCGCACGCACACAGGCCUUGGAGGAAGAUAUACAAGAUCUUCGGAAAGAGGUACAAAGCCUAAAAGAAACGGUCCAACACCUACAAACCUCCCAAACUACCAUAACCACCAGAGUAGAUCAGGCAGAAGACCACCACAGGCGCGCCAAUAUCGAUGCGAGUGAACUGGCCCAUUACCUUAGGCGUCUCUUCAGCACGCUCUUACCGCCCAGGACGUCAUCAUCCGCUGUCAAUCCCUGACCGAUAAAGCCUGACUUAUGGCAACGGUCAGGGGGAAAACCCUGAUCACCUUUGAGGACUCAUACCUCUCAUUCUACCAAGAUCUCACAUGGAACACACUCCUAUGGCACCGGUCCCUGGGCCCAGUGACAAGGAGACUACAAGAAGCAGAUAUGGAAUAUAGAUGGACACUACCAAGAGCCCUGAUAGUAACCAAGGGGGGCACCACCCAUAGACUCUUCUCACUUAACGAGGCGGACUCAUUUUUGCAAGCCCUGGGGCUACACUCUCCACCCGCGACCGCGGAGAACCCCUCCACCCCCGCGCUUGUGAUCCGGACAGAAUAACUCCAUUCACCCCCAGGAGUCGGGAGGAUAGAGGGGCACCGACUUGAUAUGACCAGCUCUUAUACAAGCAUUGUUUUGUUCCACUAUGUUUUACCUAAGUUUAUAGUAAACCCCACACUAGUUCCGCUUCCAAUGCUGCAACCACAUGACUGAUAACUGACCUUAACGGACUCCUCAACACCUACUGCAGGCUCUAUAUCACCUGCUGAGGCUGGGAGACAGACUCUCACAACCCAUAGUACCCCCUCCUCCCCCCCGUGUCCCCUUAGGUUAGUGGACGUCAUCUCACGACCACUAACCACACACACCCAUGUCACACUGAGUGCCGUCAUCGGCACCCCUACACUCUGAGCGACAGCACACAUACCUGGCCCAACAGCACCGUACCCAAUACGACUCACCAACACUCGCACCACCUGAACCCAGAGGACGAACCUCACAACAUGGGUCCAACCACAGACACCAGAGCAUUCACAGACAGGGCAACCAGACACAAAUACGGGCCUACCCACUUCUAGGUCGACCUCCCCAGGAGAUUACACCAAGGGACACGAUCGCAACCCUUAAACCAAACGCACACCCUACCUGGGAGACUGCCACAACACACAAGCGACAAACACAACGUACACACCCUGACACAGGAGCACAGCUGGACCACCGACACAUGUUAUACUACUCCCUAGUUGACCCAAACAUGUCUUAAAUAAAAAAGGACAGAUGUAUAUGAAUGUCAUAUGUCACACUUGUUAUAGAACCUAUGGUAACAUUUAAACAUUCGAUGAAAAACCUGUAAUAACAUGCUUUAUCCUCAAUAAAACAAAGGAUUAUAAAAAAAAAGGAUAAAUAAAGGAGCCCACGCAAAAUGUUUAUCAUUUAAAUACAAAAAUAUAACAAAAUAAUGCAGCAAGCAGGAAUCUUCCUUUGAUCCACAUAAUCCAGGAAUUAAACAUUCCACACUGCUUUUGUACACACAUUAUUGAUGACCAAAUGCAAAAUCCAGAUAUUGUUUUCAAGAUCUGGAAUUUGCCAAAAAGGCUUCCAAUUUCCCUAAAUGUAGUCUGGAUUUCAUCUUGUCCAGGUGGAACCAAAAUAUGGAAAACGAUUGUCCACCAUCUGUCUUUUGGUUGUAUUGGGACAAUUCUAAUAAAAACAAAUGCACUGUAAAAAUAUACGGGUGGUCAUGGUGCACACAAGGAAGAGGGGGAAAAAGUCACGUCCUCAAAACUGAAUCUGACUGGGUAAAGUCGUGUCAAGCAGUGCUCCUCAAGGCAAACCUAACAGGCCAGGAUUUAGGGGUUGAGGAGCACGUUGUCAAAGUGUCAUUUUACCUUACACGUCUCUUAAACUUUUGAGUUGUAGGACACGUGCUCUGUGCAAUCUCCCAUGAAAUAUGUAGAAUACAAAAUAAAUGUUACCAGCAUGAUUUGGCAGAGGUUAGUGAUAAAAUUGUUUAAUUUAAAAAUGACAAAAUAUUCUUGGUUAAUUACCUAUUGGAGGGGGACAGUUACUUUUGUGUAACAAUUUUGGAUUCUGUGACUAUUAAAGUUGCUGUAUUGGCAUACCAAAAUGUUUAGUUUUCAAACCAUAACUUUGCAAUAUUUGUAGUAAAACUGCAAAAUAAAAUUAGGCAUUUAAUUACCAAGACUAAUCAGUGAAUCUACACGGAUUAGCCACAACUUUAAAACCACUGCUCGAUCAAGUGAAUAACAUUGAUUAUAUCGUUACAAUGGCACCUGUCAAGGGGUGGGAUUUAUUAGGCAGCUAGUGAACAGUCACUUCUUGAAUUUCAUGUGUUGGAAGCAGGGAAAAUAGGCAACCGAAAAGAUCGGAGUGACUUUUUCGAAAGCCAAAUAGUGAUGGCUACACGACUGGGUCAGAGCACUUCCAAAACGGCAAGUCUGUUAGCAGAUCUUUCUUGAUGCAAUCAUGUCUACUAAUGUUUUAGUUGCUCAUUCAGAAAUUCUCCGUUUGAAAUAAGUGUUUAAAAACAUAAAAUUAUACAUCUAUCAGAUAUUGACUCUGAGACAAGAAAAUAUACAUAAUGUGAAUUGGAAACAUUUUUCUUUUUGCAGGUGGAGCAGGUGAGCCAACUCUCAGCCCUGGUGGAGGCAGCACUUGAUUAUCACAGACAGGCAGUGCAGAUCUUGGAUGAAUUGUCUGACAAACUGAAGGAUAGAAUGCGAGAAGCCUCCUCCAAACCAAAGAGAGAAUACAAACCUAAGCCGCGAGAGACCUAUGAUUAUUCUGAGAAUGAGCAUUCCAACGGAGGCUUCUCCUGCAACCCACCCACUAGAACACCAGGUGAGUCUGUCAAGCCGUAACGGGUAAAACUAGUGACUUUGGGAUGUCUUCUCAACAUGAAAGUGGCCUAUGGCAUAAUUUGAAACAAAUACUUUACCUUUUUAUUUAUUUAGCUUCAUCAUCAUUCCGAUCAGAUAAGCCAGCCAGGACCUCCAGUAACAGCAGCUCUAGUAUGUAUUUCCCUUACUUUUCAUCCCACCAAGACUACACUUCUCUCCCUCCUUCCAAAUUACUAUAAACCCUCUACUUUCAUGUUUCCAUGUGAUAUUUAGUUUGUGUUUCUCUUUUCAGUUUUAUGUCACCAAUUCAUCGUUUUGAUUCUCUGUAUCUUGUCUUCUACUCCUUAUUUUUAUUUUUUAUUUCCUCCCCACUGUAGCUCCCCUGGAUCAACCAUGCUGUAAAGCGUUGUAUGAUUUUGACCCUGAGAACGAUGGCGAACUUGGUUUCCGAGAGGGUGAUAUCAUCACUCUGACUAAUCAGAUUGAUGAGAACUGGUAUGAAGGAAUGAUCAACGGCCAAUCAGGAUUUUUUCCUCUCAAUUAUGUGGAGGUUUUGGUUGCGUUACCUCAGUGAGUUUUCUAACUCAUGGUUGGGGUUACAAUCCAACCUUCUUACUAACACUAAGGACCAAAAGCCGAGAUUACAGUUCCCUCUUUUGGGCGUAUGUAUUAAAGACCAGCUGUUUUUCCUGUACAGUACCUUUUUUUUUUUUUUAUGGCUUUCUUGUUCGUGAGCACCAGCUCAAUAGUAAAUCUCCGUCCUUUUCUUUUUGCUAAAGCAUAUUUCAUAAUGACAAACUCUUUCUAUUAGGGAUUCACUGAAUGUGAAUGUAUGCCAUAGAACACUAAAUAUCCCUAACUGGGUGAAUCAUAUUAACUUCCCAGCAGCUUUGCAAAAUUCUAUUUCUCUGUCUGGUUCUUGUUUUUUACCCUGGCACACACAUUACCCUCUUCAGAUAUGCUAAUAAUAUCCACUUUGGAAAACUCUUUUUUUUUGCGUAUAUAAAAAAAAAAUAUAUAUAUAUAUUAUAUAACAGACAACAGUACCAUAUGUUACUUAUCCUUCUGACUGCCAGAGGCAUAUGCUCUUGCAGCUCAGGUGUUAACCUCCUUUUUCUGUAUAUAAAAUUAUGUAUCCUUUAUAUACUUUAGUAUCCGUUUCCUAUAUCUGUUACAUCGUAAACUUUUUAACUGUUUUUUGAAACUUGAACUUUUUAAGCUUUUUAGAAGCCAAAUGUGCAGUAGUCUUCAGGAGAUCAUGUCCGAUAUAUUUGUUAGUAGUCGAGCUUUCCUUUACUAUAUCUGAACCUGGCUGGGCCAGUGUUAUAAUAUCAAAACAAGCCCAGUACCUCCAUAUUUUUUUCCGUUGGCUCGAAAGCAUGUCCACGUAGUCUUGGUUAUCUAAUACAGUAUCUAUGCUUUGGUCUUCUAAGUUUAAAAUUUGGGAUAAUAAAAACAAUUUUUACAAAAGCAGAUAAAGUAUUAGUAGCUGAAAUGUCCUUUUGUUAAGCACAUGAACUAUGAUUCUUGGACCUGAUUCUCCAUGUUUAGCGAAUACACAUUUUGGGUUAUGGUUUCUGAAUGGCUGCACAUGACCAAGAGAAGUUAGUGUUUCUUAUAAACAUUUGCCUAACUACUUCCUGCACAGUGCGGACAAAUAAAAUGGCAGAGGCAUGUUUCCUUAAGGAUUGGGCCAUCGUGUCAAAGUUUGUCUAGUGGUGACUAAGCUACAAACUUAUUUUUAUAAAUGUCAUACCUUGAGGAGCACUUGGCUGACAAAAAGUGUUUGUUUGUAUCAAGAAGUUUUGUUUCAAAUAUCCUGUAUAAUCUUAUGUUUCUGAUAUUUUUGUUGAAAUUAAAGUUUGUUUCCUUUUCCUUAAAUGUGAAUUGUUAAAGUAAGAUUGCAUCAGCAGCAGAGGUUAAAAAUACAAGACUGUUUAUUAGAUCAAAACCCUAACAACUGUGCCUGUGUUUUGCUUUUGUAUGGGGAUUUAAAGUUCGUGUAAACUCGGUAGUUGUUCUUGCUGAUAGUCAGUUGAGUAAAAUUACAGUGUUAGACAAUCUGGAGUCCUCUUGUAAAAGCAUAUUUAUGUGACUGCUGGGGGUGAGGGGGUCAGGUUAGAAAUUCAUGUUGAAAAAAAACAAAUACCAGCAGGGUUAGUUGAGCAGCAUGUAAACUUGGUCCAGAACAGGCCCAAAACCUUGGUCCUUGGGCAUUCGACUUGAUAGUGAAGCCUGAACGAAAAGGAAAAGUGGGUCAGUCAAUCUCUUUUUGGAACAAAAUAGUUUAUAAUAGAUUUUUAAUACCCCAUCCCUAUUGACUGCUUUUUAAAAAAAAUUAAAGUAACCUGUUCUAUUGUGUUUUAAACUAGCAUUAUGGUAAAGAUUUAGCAAAAAUUAGAACAGUCAUGUAUUUUAAGGUCUGUUUACAAAACCAUUUUCCCAAUUCUUCACAUUGAGAAAUAAAUGACAAAAGUACUGAAGCAUUUUUAUCUGGAAAAUAAAGCCUCUUAUUUUACAUCUUUCUCGUUAUAUGCACAUAAAGAAGGUUCUAAUUGAUUCAUAUGACUGCCAUUAUUCCAUUACAAGUGUUAAACUUAUUUUUGUUUUCCUUCUGAAAGCAAACUUGAUUGUAUUUCAUGAUUAAAAUACCUUUAAUUUCUCCAGGUAGGUUUUCUCCUCAUUCCACCUGUCCUGAAAGGGAAUGAGGUCGGGGGCCACUUUAUAGAAAUCCACCAACAUAAUCUACAAAGUAGUAUAGCAAAUGAAUAAAGUGACAGAAUGUAUACUCAAAACAAACAUAACAGUAUGGGCAGUGCUUGUAGAGAAGAAAGAACUCUUAACCAUUUGAGCCCUUUGGCUGUGGGGGGCCUUUUACAGUUUUGAGAAAUAUCUGUACCCAUUAGCCAGAGGGCUUCCAACAGUAAAUUGAAAAGGCUUUCUUCAAAGUUGAUAAAGCAUGAAUGUUGCGGUGAAAUCACUAAGGUAAAGUAAUUCUAGGAGGAGAGGUAAAAUAAAAUAUGAAAGGGGUGGUAGGUGAUCAAAGAGAAAGGUGUAAUUGUAUUAAAAGCUGAUAAAUUGAGAGUAGAUGCAUAUUGAAAUCACAGAAUAGACAGCUCAUAGUUUAUAUAAGGGCUAAAUAGUGGUAAAAUUAUCUCCCUGUCCAUGCAACAUGGUGUAAUGACCAAAUUGCCAUACAAAGUCCUCACCAUCUCAUGAAGGAUGUCAUUGGUCAGAAAGUUGUCUUCAAUGUAUGUCACGUCCACCUCCAUAGGAAUUCCAUAAUCAUUUGGCCUGUGCUGGAAAGGGCAGAACAAGGUCAAAUCGCUUAUUUCCAUAUUUAUCCAGCACCCCUGCAAAAUAAUAUUACUCACUUCAGCUGGUGGCAUCACCCAAAAUGGACAAAUAGACGACUGAAUUCCUGGGUUCCCAUGGAAGUAAGGCCCUAAAAUAAAAAAAAGUUGUGUUUUUGGUUUUCCUCCUUUUCAGUUUAUUUUCAAAGUAAAUCGAAAAUAUAGACAAAUCUCACCACAGAUAAGGCCCAGGCAAGGCUGGAAGCUAUUCUCUGUGCCCUGUAGUUUGAGUUGAUAAUCCAUUUGUGCCUCAAUGUCCUGCAGUGAUGGCAUGGCUGGGCUGAAAGGAUGACUAUGGUACCAACCAACAAGGGACAGACCUCUCAAAAAGAGACUCUGACAAAUCUGAUGGUGUCAAAAUGAUGAAAACGUGAGGCAAAUAAAUACAUUUAAAAAAAUAAACUUCUCCCCACGAAUUAAAAGGGAACUAUAGUGUUAGGAAUACAGGCUUGCACUCCUAACACUAGAGCUCCCUCUUCCCUCGUGCCCCACUCCCAGGCUAAUAAAGGGUCAAUCCCCCUCUACCCCCCCCCCCCAAUACCUGAACCCAGUGCUGAUAUCGCUCGGUGCUCUGCCUCUUCCGGCAUCAUUCGACAGGGGGACCUAAUGCGCAUGCACAGCAAGUGCAUUAGGCCCUCCUCAUAAGAAAGCAUCAAAACAAUGCUCUCCUAUGGGGAUUUAACGGACGCUGGGCGAAAAAAAAAAUCACCUAGCGUGCACAAAGGGCAUCUAGAGGCAUAGUGCUGCAAUGUUUUACACUGUAGGACAAAAACAGGACAGGGACACUGCACCCAGACCACUUCAAUAAGAUGAAGUGGUCUGUGUACCUUUAAGAAAUUGUAGUUUGCCAUGAAUGCGUGGACAUUUUUAUUUUUUUUAAUUGAAAUAUCUGAAACCCAGUGUGCUUAGCAAAGCGUGUUACCUCCUCUUCUGUAGUUGCAGCAGUCUCUGUAUCUUUUAAACGGGAACGGCAAGGGAAGGCUCGAAGUAUAGUCAGCACUGCAAAUUGAAAGGUAUGAUUAUAUCCCAAAGCCUUCAGUGAGGCAUUAGUGACACAUAGGACAAAAGAAGAAGGUGUUUACUUUGGUUGUUGGUAUCCCACUGUCCCCCCAGGUAUCCCACUACCUCGCUUUUUGUUAGGUGACUGUGGAAAUCCUAGAAUGAAGAGAUAGAUAUAAUGAAAAAGUAGUGGACACAGCAGAACACUAAAACAACCAUCAAGGGACAUGCAUAAACCUUUAGACUCACCAGAAGCAGGAGAGAGUUACUGGAGAUGGCUACAUGAAAUGGCUGAAACUUAUUAAUGGCUGUAAAAGAGGUCACUUCAACAAGGGUGUGAGGGUCUCUGAAACGGCACAAAUUAUCGACACAUUAUUACAGCUGGUGAGGGAGAAAGGAAACCGUAUUUGGGUAAAAAUACCAUGUGGACACUAGUGCUCACAUUUGGUCCUAUUGACUAAGAAUAAGAGAAUUUAAAUUUUAAAGCCAAAACAGACAAACUGGAAAAAUUUCUGUCAGCUAUGCUUCUAGUUUGGAUAUUUUGGCCUUAUGUUUGUCUUCUACUUUAGUGAAUAACCCUGAUGUUGUUUAAUAAAUGGACAUAACCUAUUCCCCAGUUAGGGGUUAUUUUCCAAAAGGUGUUGUAGGUACAACAAGUGAAGAACUCCUGCUAAGGUGUGAAGAUAUUAACUUCACAAUAUUCACGUUGCCCACCACACUAAUCUUUUACAGAAAUAUGCAUUGGCUCGACUACAUGAGACAAGAUUUCCAUCCCACUUGCUAAUGCAGUGAGCUAAAUCCGAUGAAACAUUUUGCAUACAAACACAAUACAAGGGAAUGCAAAAAAGAAAAAAAUAGUUGGGAGUUUAUAUUGAAUAGCAAAUUUAAGACCAAAAUAGCCAAACUGUAAACUUCUCCCAAUUUGUGAGGAAUAGGAAAGCAUUGUAUCGGCUGAGAUUGUCAAUUCUGAUGAUCUCAGCCAAGGAGGUGGGACAGGGGGUAGAGCCAAACAUCACUAUGGUCAAUCACCACCUGCUCAUAGAGAUGCAUUGAAUCAAUGCAUCUCUAUGGGGAAGUUCAAAAUCUCCAAGCAGAGCUUGGAGACGCUGAACAUCAGUUCUGCACUGCUAGUAGCCGUCUGAGUGACUGCCACAGGAGGUGUCCCUAGGCAGUAAUGUAAACAAUGCCUUUUCUUUGAAAUUGCAGUGUUUACAUUAAAAAGCCUGCAGGGACAUACUAUACUCACCAGCACCGCUACAUUAAACUGUAGUUGUUGUGGUAACUAUAGUGUCCCUUUAAUUUGAUUUGUGUUUUUACUUUAUCUCGUUUUGUGGUUACUGAAAAACUGUAUUGCUCUACCACUUGUAUAAGGACAAAGACUAUUUCUUAUGCAACAAUAAAAAAUUUAAUAAUAAGCAGGACAUAUGGUGAAAUAUUUUAAAUUCGUGUGUAAGGCGAGUUGGCUAACAUACAUAUGUCAUCUGUGAAUUUUAAUACGUGUCCUUCCACAUGUUUAUAGGCAGAAGCACGCGGAUGCAUGACGCAGUAUUCGUUAAAGCACAAUUGGGAAUUAAUUGACAUCUGUAUAUUUGAUAAGAAUUUAGCCAGCAAAUUGUAUGGAUAAAAUGUUCUUUUAAAAUAUCUUGUAUCUUUUGUAUGGCAGUAUUCAGAACAAUAAAUAAACCGAAUCUGCAUUGUGUUUACUCUUUAUUACCUGGUAACUGAAUGCUAUUGUUUGGCUGUUUCCUGUACAUACAUCCUGAGCCACAGGGGAAUACUUUUUGGGGGGGCAUUUGUGAGCUACAAGUGAAACUGAAAAUGGACAGCUGUCACUAUGCAAAACACAUUGUGGCCAAAGGGGACUUUCUGUCGAAGUUACAAAAUGUUCAAUGGGGUCUCCUGACCAGCAUCUGUUCUCUUCUCCUAUAGUAAUAGCUAUCGUGGAUUGAGCAAUGUUGCGAAAUAAGAUUGUAAUAACAAAUUGUUUAACCAGGAAAGUAUGUAUCCAGGGGAUGUUACUAUUACCCAAUUUAUUUGUGCAAACCCCAAGGUUUGAACAGAUUCUACCGGUGAUGCAUUAGCCAACUGAGCUACUGCUAUCACACUGACCUUAAGCUGGAGCUCAGCUGAAUGAAAGCUAAAGUCCUUAGCAUGGGAAUAGUUCAAUUAAAGUGUCUCCCUAACUAAUACGUUUUUCAAAAAGCUUACAUCUAAAUAACUAUCAAAAGAGUCCAUAGACUGGGCCUGGAGUGCAACAAAUAAAGAGUACGAUAUGGAAAAUAUAUAUCAUAUGAAACGUAGGAAACACGCAAAGCGAAAUCUUAUCAGGGCCUCCAAAAAUAAUGUUUUUAAAAAUUGCUCACAUCGGUCCCAGGUAGGGUGUGGAAUAGAGACAAUACUUAAAAGCGGAACAAAAAGCUUAUCAGACAUGUCAGUUGUGCCGUAGAACAAUCAAAUGAAAGAGAAAGGAUAAAAGCAAAACAAAAUGCAAAUUCCAACCUUCAAACCCAAAUAGCCCAAAACACAGAGAUCCUCAGAAAGUCCCAUUAACCCAUUUCCUCUGAGCUUUGAGGAACAAAUUAAGGGAGAUUUGCCACAUCCCAGAUGUGAACAGCAGAAUCUAGCGAGAGUUGAUAAAAUAGAGAAAUGCUGCAAUCUCAGAGGGUAAUGUUAACCACUUAAGGACCAAACUUCUAGAAUAAAAGGGAAUCAUGACAUGUCACACGUCAUGUGUCCUUAAGGGGUUAAACGAUAUUGGCUGCUGUCCGUAUCCAUGUAAAGAGCGUGUGGUGCACCCCAACAAUAAGCAAUGCCAGAGUCAAGUAGUGGCUUAGUAACCAGACACAGAGAGGAUGUUCAUUGAACAGUAGAGUAAAAUAUGUCCUAAAAAAAGAAAAAAAAGAGAGUUGUUGAUCUUCAAAGGUUAAUGGCAACUUGCCUUUAAGAGCCACUAGCACUCUAUGUUUAUCCUACAAUGCUUCAAAACAGAGAAUCACAUCUCUGGGGACAGGCUCUGGAGUACGGGGAGAUUUGGAGAACCGUUACUCUCCAACUAUAGUCAGCCCUUUAACCUGUUUAGGAGGUAAGAUUGUAGAGAAUAGCCUCUGGGCUAAAUAGGGUAGUUCAUUCAUGCAAAUAGAUCUCUAAAGUCUGUCUGUGGGCUCUAUCAUCCGAAGUGUUGACUUUUGAAGCUAGGGCUUUCUGGGAGUCCAUUAGUUUCGGUACCUUCACCUCUGAAGCCAAAACCAUGCUACUGAAUGUAAGAGUUUCCCCCCCAGCUCCCACCCUCUCUGUCAGUGUAUGGACCUCUUCUUUAACAAUGGCAAUAUCUGCUUGAAACUGCUUUUUUAUAUAUAUUCAGUAUGUUCCCUUUAGUAACAAGGAUAUUGAGGAUUUGAAAGGUGGGCCAGAAGUCUGUGCUUCUAGGGAUGAAACUUGGCCUCAAAUGUAUAUUCCUCAAAGGACAUUGAACUUAAAGGAGCACCUAUGCAACUUUAAUGCCCUGCCCCAUCAUGCCAGAAAGGCUUCAUUUUCAAAGCUAGGCAUACAGUCUCAGCAAUAUUUAAAUAAAUUGUAUCUUGUAGCCAUUUCCUUACUUUCUGUCCCUUCAUCUCUCUUUAAGGCAGUUACCAAUUUUCCUUCAUUCCCUCCUUUAACCCAUCUCACCUUUCUUUUGUUAUCUUUUCUAUUGCUUCCCAUCCACUUUUUACUCAGUUCACAAAAAUAUGCACAGAAUUGACGUUAUUCAGCAUACAACUUGUUUGCAACUCUAUUUGGAAUACUCCCCCUUCCCCUCUCAAUCCUCUGUGUCAUUUAAGCCUCUUUGUCAUUUCCUUCCUACCUCUGCUCCACCACCUGCAGUGUCCACUUACCCCUGUGAAGAUGUAAAGAAUUAGCAGAUACCUCUAAAAUUAGGGGAAAUGGUAUCUUCUUGUGACAUGCCGGCUUUUACGUCCCUUUGGGGACAUAUGCAUGUGCUGUUCCUUUCAUUUCUCUCAUUCUUUAAUGAAAACGAUUUACCCGGUUAUCUUUCUAUAACUGAAUUGGUGUCUGAAUGUUUGAAGGUGAAUUACCUCGCAGAAUCCCGGCUCCCUAAAGUAGCAUAUUUCACAGGAAUUCGCAUUUCAGAUAAACUGCCUCUCUGCGCUGUGUGUAAAACAGAAGAGAACCCACAGCAGUAUUUCAAAACAUAGAUACAUGCAAAGUUUAAACGUUAAGAAUAGUGCACAUACAUUGAAUACAUUUAAGUAUUGAAAAGCUGCCGAUGCACUAAACAUACUAGUAAACAUAACUCAUUACUUUGAAAAGUAGUAAAUGGAAUACAAACUAUGAAAACACAUGGUAACUCCAAGCACCAAUAAUUACAGUGAAUCAACUGUGACUAAAACUACACAGUACUCUUACCCUGUCCAUGUUCCACACCACCUUUACCCUGCGGUUUUCGAACGACGGCUUGUUCCAUUGUACUCCCUUUCCAGUCUCGUGAUUCUUCAUCUUCCUCCUCUUCAAGCAGGUCAUCUUCCUCUCCCUCACUAAGUGGGCUC